UUUGAGGCGAUCUUUACCGAAUUAACAAACAGUUGUUUUUAGUUUGUGAGUGUGUACAUGUACGUGCAGUGUGUAGUAAUGGCUCAAGUAGGCUUCGAUGCUGGCUACAGUGAUGACGAGCAGUAUCACAGCGCGGGGGACAGUCCGCCACCCUCACGUGCCCAGGAGCUGUGGACCUUUGAUAGGGAUAUAGGCCAGGGAGGUUUUGGAAUUGUCAAGUUGUUUGUGCAUAAGCUCACAGGGGAGAAGCUUGUUCUUAAGGAAUGUCGUCAGCUCAAUAUUUCCCGUGAGUCAUUUGAUCGCUGGAUGCAGGAGAUGGAGAUCAUCAAGCGCUUGGAUCACGUCAAUAUUGUCAAGGCGCAGAGUCCACCCGAGGGACUGUACUACCGUCCCCAAGGAAACGUGCCAUGUAUAUAUAUGGAGUUCUGUGGCGGAGGGGACCUCAGACAGGUACUUCGUGAACCUGACAAUUGCUGUGGUCUCCCGGAGGAAGAUGUCCGACAAAUCUGCUCUGACGUCAACUCUGGUAUCCGGUUUCUUCACAAGAAGAAGGUCAUCCACAGAGAUCUCAAACCAGAGAACAUACUGCGCAAGAUCAUCCACAAGAACAAGGUUGUGUAUAAGUUGACUGACUUCGGAUAUGCCAAGAGUUAUGAUCAGAGUAGUGUGUGUACCUCCCUGGUGGGCACCAUGCAAUAUGUGGCCCCGGAAGUGCUCAAGGGUCAACACUAUAACAGCAGUGUGGACGUAUGGAGCUUUGGAGUAGUUGUGUUUGAGUGUGUCACUGGAAUUCGUCCAUUUCUCCAUGGAGAGCCAACCAUGAACAUUCUCUGGGUUGACUGUGUUGCCAAGAAGGGUCCAAAGGUCAUCCAUAUCCAUUACAAAGACAAUACUGACAAACCCGUGUACUCUGACCACCUACCACACCCUCACAGACUAUCAAGACCCCUGGAGGAAGAGCUGACGUCAUGGUUACAGACUGCACUACAGUUCAACCCUGAGCUCCGAGGGGCUAAGAGAUUGACCAAUGAGGACGCUCCCUGUAUCAGUCACAUGACUACUAUCCUGGGUACAAAGGUUAUGAAUAUCGUGUGCACUGCCACUGGAGACGUCCACUCCUACACAGUCACUGACAAAACCAAAGUUUCAGAUCUGAAACGCCAGUUCCAGUUAGAGUCAGAGGUGAAGCCAGAGGAGCAGUAUCUCAUUCAGCCUGAUGGUACGCUACCCUUGGACUCUGACCCCGUGACCUCUUGUAUAUCUGCUGAAGAGAUGGGAGUGUUGUUCAUGUUCCCCAUAUUUCUAAUGCCAUCGUUCAAGGUCAUGCAUGACAGCAACAGCUCCGUCGCUAAACUCACUUCUUUCGGAGAUGAGAAGAUUUCAACGGAUGCGAGACGCUCUGUGUUCUCUCAUGUGUAUCAUCACAUCAGAGCUCAUCACUUGUUCUUUGAUAGGCUCCACAAAGCACACAAGGCCAUCCUUUAUCAGAUUCGUAUCCAGUGCACUCUGGUGAGAGAGGGGGAGCAGUCUCUGUUGAGGUCGUAUGAUGUGGUCACUGCACUGCUAACACUGCUCAGAGAUAUGUUAUCUAGUGACCAGCCACAGUUGCAGCAACUACCUCCUGAAACUAUCGACGAGCUAACGCCCACCUGGACCUCGAUGAGUGCACAGCUUGAGGACUACAAUGCUCGGCUGACUCAACUGACCAAUCAGAUUGCAGACAUGCGUAGAGAAGCGGAGACGUACCUGAGACUAGCGGAGGAGAUGAUCUGUACUGAUGCUGACAAUGGCAGAGAGUUCCAUAAAUACUACAACUCUUAUGUGGCCAGAGCUAGAGAUAUUUUAUCAGACAUCAAGGUCAGUAAGGGCAGGCAGCUCUCCUCCAGGGGGCGCAUGCAAGAUGUCCUCCUGCAAGCCAUCCAUCAAGCACAGUUCAUUAUUGAGACCAAGCUGAAUGGUGUUAGCUUCUGUCAGGAGUAUGUGGCACUAGGUCACCUGAUACAGAGGGUGGAGAGUUGCAAGGAGAACACUGGACAACUCAGGAGUGGGCUGGAUAGGUUAUUAGAGCGUCGCAACGAGGCGCUAUGGAAGGUUGCCAGGGGCAACAGUGGCCUUGUCAUGAGCUCUGUACAGCGCAGGAUUAGUCGGCAAGACACUGUGGAGGAAUCACCAGAUGGUAUGACUGACCUGGUGCAACACUACUCCCGCUCUCAACUACAGAGGGAGGAGUCUCAAGAUGAAACACGCAAUCUCCUGGUCACUAACAGACAACUACUCAAAAGGUUGGCGUCUCUACCAGGUGUGGCCACACCCAUUUCCCCCGCCUCUUUAUCCGUAUCAUCAUCACUACCUAUAACUUCAGAACUCUCAAACUAACAAUUAUCUUUUUUAUUAUUGUCUUUUGAUUGUCUUUUUGUAUGUCGUGCGUACAUACACCACAUUCUCAUGUCAUUUUGUCUCGUAAAUAAUCAUAAUUUUUAAAUGAAAUACGAA